AUGUAUGCCUCAGGUAAAUACAGCUCCCGGGGACCUGCUCUUAUCCCACGGAUGAAAACCAAGCACCGUAUAUACUACAUCACACUCUUUUCCGUGGUGUUGCUCGGCCUCAUUGCCACUGGGAUGUUUCAGUUCUGGCCCCACUCCAUAGAGUCCACAGCUGAAUGGACCGUAGACAAACGUAGCGUUCAUGAUGCUCCUUUGGUGCACCUCCCAGUCACAAGUCCUAUUCCGGAGAGGGGGGACCUCAGCUGUCGCAUGCACACGUGUUUCGACGUGUACAGAUGCGGCUACAACCCGAAGAAUCGAAUUAAGGUUUACAUCUACCCACUCCAGAGAUUUGUUGAUGAACUCGGGGUUCCGAUCAGCAGCACUGGACUUUCACGGGAAUAUAACGAUCUCCUCAGUGCCAUCUCGGACAGCGAUUUUUACACUGAUGAUGUCAACAGGGCUUGUCUUUAUGUUCCAUCGACUGAUGUCCUGAAUCAGAACUCCCUGCGAGUCAGGGAGACUGCUCAGGCCCUGGCAAUGCUUCCCAGGUGGAACAAGGGGAUGAAUCACCUACUCUUUAACAUGUUGCCAGGAGGUCCACCAGACUACAACACUGCUUUGGAUGUGCCCAGAGACAGAGCGCUCCUGGCUGGAGGUGGUUUCUCUACAUGGACUUACAGACAAGGUUACGAUGUCAGCAUCCCAGUUUACAGCCCACUCUCUGCUGAUGUUGAGCUGCCUGAGCGACAGCCUGGGCCUCGCCGUUACUUCAUCCUGUCAUCUCAAACAGCCAUUCACCGGGAGUACCGGGCUGAACUCGAACGCCUGAAAGAGGAAAAUGGCGAGGCUCUGCUCCUGUUGGACAAGUGUAGCAACCUCUCCCAGGGAGCUGCCGCUGCUCGAAAGCGCUGUUACAAAGGGCAGGUGUAUGAGUACCCGCAGAUCCUGCAGGAAUCUUCUUUUUGCGUGGUGCUGAGGGGUGCACGUUUGGGUCAAGCAGCUCUGAGUGAUGUUCUGCAAGCUGGUUGUGUUCCCGUCAUCCUCGCCGACUCCUACAUCCUUCCUUUUUCAGAAGUUCUUGACUGGAAAAGAGCUUCAGUGGUUAUUCCAGAGGAGAAGCUUUCAGAGAUGUACACCAUCUUAAAGAGUAUUCCGCAUAGACAAGUGGAGGAAAUGCAGAGACAGGCCCGCUGGUUCUGGGAAGCCUAUUUCAGCUCCAUGAAGGUCAUCGGCCUGACUACACUCCAGAUCAUCAAUGAUCGCAUCUACCCAUAUGCCGCGCGUACAUAUGAGCAGUGGAACAAUCCAACUGCUGUGAAGUGGUCCAGUGUGAACAGCCCUCUCUUCUUACCACUUAUUCCACCGAGAGCACCUGGGUUCACAGCAGUGGUGCUGACGUACGAUCGUGUCGAGAGUCUUUUCCGAGUCAUCACAGAAAUUUCCAAAGUUCCUAGCUUGGCUAAGCUCCUGGUGGUGUGGAAUAACCAGAACAAGAGUCCUCCUGAGGAAUCUCUUUGGCCGAAGAUCGGUGUGCCUCUCAAAGUUGUGCGCACGAAAGAGAACAAGCUCAGUAACCGCUUUUUCCCCUACGAUGAAAUCGAGACUGAAGCUGUUCUGGCCAUCGAUGACGACAUCAUCAUGUUGACAUCGGAUGAACUACAGUUUGGCUAUGAGGUAUGGAGGGAGUUCCCUGACAGGCUUGUGGGUUACCCGGGCCGUCUGCAUCUCUGGGACCAUGAGAUGGGAAAGUGGAAAUACGAGUCAGAGUGGACCAACGAGGUGUCCAUGGUCUUAACAGGCGCUGCUUUUUACCACAAGUACUUCAACUACUUGUAUACAUACAAGAUGCCAGGAGAUAUCAAGAACUGGGUGGAUGCACACAUGAACUGUGAAGACAUUGCCAUGAACUUUCUGGUGGCUAACAUUACUGGCAAAGCACCCAUAAAGGUGACCCCCAGGAAGAAGUUCAAGUGUCCUGAGUGCACUGCCAUUGAUGGGCUGUCCUUGGAUCAGACGCACAUGGUGGAGAGAUCUGAGUGCAUCAACAAGUUUGCUUCUGUUUUUGGCACCAUGCCACUGAAGGUGGUGGAGCACCGGGCCGAUCCAGUUCUCUACAAAGACGACUUUCCAGAGAAACUCAAGAGUUUUCCCAACAUUGGCAGCCUCUGA